AUGUCGGCGUACGGCGCAAUCACUCGUCCACCCCGUCCGCUUCUUCCCGCGACUCUCUGGGACGCGUCAUCUCCUACUAGCCAACACCCUUCAGCUUCACAAAUCAUCUCAAUCCACCAUCUAAACCUUGAAUCCGCACAGGAUCAAUCCAACGAUGGCCUCAUCACCUAUCUCCACCAAGUCUUCGCUGAUGAGGUCGACUCAGGGAUGACUUACCCCCAGGAAGACAUGCGCGAUCUUGAUGCAUUCAAAGCCUACUUCUUCGCAGCGGACGUUUUGAUAGCGUUUACCCAUGAAAGGGAUACGAACGUUCCGAAGGUGGUGCAAGACAGAAAGAGUGUUAGGGAGGUACAAGGCGGGCUCUUGCCGGCGGCGGUGAAGGGAAGCAGAACGUGGGCGGAGUGCGUAGCUGGAUACUACUACGUGAAGCCCAACUAUCCUGGGCGUGGAUCUCAUAUCUGUAAUGCUGGCUUCGUCGUCCCUCCGUCCCAGCGCAAGAAAGGCUACGGACACAUCCUCGCACGCUCUUACCUCCACUAUGGCCCCCGACUCGGAUACACCGCGAGCGUGUUCAAUCUCGUUUACGUGAACAACCAAGCCAGCCUUAAGUUAUGGGACGCUCUCGGGUUUACUCGUGCGGGUCGGAUUCCGAAUGCAGGCAGGCUACGGACAAAGGACGGAAAAGGCGAAGAGUAUGUGGAUGCGUGGGUGAUCUAUAAGAGUUUCUAG